GGACAAAUUUCUGCGCAAGUAUAUUCCGGUUCUUUAUGUAGCACACAUUCGUUCCCUCUGGUGAACACAUGUGCACUGCGGGUAAACGGAACCCUCUCCUCCUCUCCCUCUUCCUCCUCCUCCCCGGUCCAAUGCAUGCCCGAGUCUUCGCAUUUCGGCCGCCACGUCCUAGACAAGAUUCGCGGUCACGUGGUACGCGUCGCGGCAAUAUUGACGAAUACGUUGCAUCCGCUGCAUGAACAUCCGUACCGCCGUUACAGGGGUUGACCUCGAACAUGUCAUCCCGCAAUACACAGGGAUCCUGGACCGCACACGGAUGACGCACCACUCCAUCCCGUCGCGGAUACGCACCGACGUUAGGCCAAGCCGUAAGGCGGCCAUACAUAAGUCGGCACCGGACGGUCGAUAGCGCACCUGCACUCCUGCACGUCGAGAGAACCACCCACUCACAACCAUGAGCUUUCACCCAUUCUUCCGCUCUGUCGCUGAACCCCAGGGCCCAAGGCGUCACUCUGCCCCGGAUAUAUUCUCUUUCCUCCGACGCGGACGACUUGAACAAGGAGAGGGCGACACCAACCGCAGGGAAGGAAAGUCUAAGCUUGCAAUUCGGCCGCCGGUGCUGCGCAGAACGAGCUCGACACCAACCACGGUGCAGGCGUUGAUUGUCGCCACGCCCGUCAACGAGCCGAUCAUCGUCGACCUCAGCCUUGGACAGUCGCCCAGCGAUCCCUCUCCACACCUGCAUCAUCGAACACAAGAUGCAUCUCACACGCGUGCCGGCCUCGGCCUUGGACUUCCAGCAUACGACGACGCAGACGAUCGACUCGUCGAAUUGCUGCCAGGGCCUAUGCACCCGUAUACGGGCAUCGCUAUCCCAGCCAGAUUGCCCAACCCUAGGACAAUCUCCGCUGAAUCUGUGCAAUCAUAUACCCAGGGGCCACCUGGCCUCACCGAGUCGCUUUUGAAUGAGCACGAACGAGUCGUCGAUGUGUCGGAUUCCGGCUUCUUUGACCAGACGAUGGACCUGCCCAACUUCGUCGUUGUCGCGCCCGAAGACGAUUUCGACAUAAUAGCCGUCGACAUUAUUCCGCCCACGCCGACACCGGACGCCUUGGACGCUUUGGAUAUGAUGGAGGUGUUGGCGGAGGAAGGUGAGGACGGCAUCGCCAUUGAGGUGGUCCCUCCGACGCCAGGGCUGCGGCGACAAGAAGGACAAAUGCACGUGCCGCCGACACCUGGUGCACCUCGACUGCCGCACGUCACCCGGUUCCCAUUCGAUCCUCUGUAUGCAUGA